AAGCCAGCAAUGGGGGGGGGGUUCUUCCCCGGACGGGCUCCUCACCCCCUGCCUUGCCGGGGCCACAACCGCAAUCGCUUCUAGCGCAUUGUCUGGUCUCCGGGUUUCCCCAAGGUCCCGCCCUCCAUAGGGCGGAAGUUGGCCGGGCCGCGGACCGGAAGCGCUGGACCGGGGCGGGCUGUCUCGCGCAGGAAGCUCCUCCCACUCCGCACUGCCCCACCCCUCCGGCCUAUACCGGAAAUGAGGUCAGAGGGGGAACCCCGGCGGGGAGACUCGGCCAAAAAAGCGGAGGCCGGUGGAGGUACCUGCGGCAGCUGAUGUGGCCUCAUGGAUGAGCUGGUACACGACCUCACGUCAGCCUUGGAGCAGACGUCUGAACAGAAGAAGCUGGGUGAGCUCUGGGAGGAUAUGGCCUUGAGCCCUCGGCAGCAGAGGCGCCAGCUUCGCAAACGGAGAGGCCGGAAGCGCCGGUCAGACUUCACUCACCUGGCAGAGCACACCUGCUGCUACAGUGAGGCCUCUGAGUCCAGUCUGGAGGAGGCCAUUAAGGACUGUCGAGAAGUGGCCCCGGUCACCAAUUUUAGUGACUCCGAUGACACAAUGGUAGCCAAACGGCACCCAGCUCUCAACGCCGUUGUUAAGAGUAAGCAACAUUCUUGGCAUGAGUCCGACUCCUUUACGGAAAAUGCUCCUUGUCGACCACUCAGGCGCCGGCGGAAGGUGAAGCGAGUGACAUCAGAGGUGGCUGCCAGCCUUCAGCAGAAGCUCAAGGUGUCCGAUUGGAGCUAUGAGAGAGGGUGUCGGUUCAAGUCUGCGAAGAAGCAGCGUCUGUCACGCUGGAAGGAGAACACUCCCUGGACCUCAUCUGGCCACGGAUUGUGUGAAUCAGCAGAAAAUAGGACUUUCCUCAGCAAAACAGGAAGGAAAGAAAGGAUGGCGUGUGAAGCAGAUGAACAAAAACAGGGCUCUGAUGAGAACAUGUCAGAAUGUGAAACCAGCAGUGUGUGUAGCAGCAGUGACACAGGGCUCUUCACAAAUGAUGAAGGCCGGCAAGGGGAUGAUGAGCAGAGUGAUUGGUUCUAUGAAGGAGAAUGUGUUCCAGGAUUCACUGUCCCAAAUCUCCUGCCCAAGUGGGCUCCUGAUCAUUGCUCUGAAGUAGAAAGAAUGGAUUCUGGACUGGAUAAACUUUCAGAUUCCACAUUCCUUUUACCUUCUCGGCCAGCUCAACGAGGGUACCAUGCUCGCUUGAAUCGUCUGCCUGGAGCUGCAGCUCGAUGCCUCAGAAAGGGGCGAAGAAGGCUUGUUGGGAAGGAGACCAACAUAAGUACUUUGGGUGCUGAGAGGAUAGGCCACAUCAUUAGUGACUCUCGGCAGAAAGAAAAGAAUAAAGCGUUGGCUUCUGAUUUUCCUCACAUUUCUGCUUGUGCACAUGAGUUUAAUCCCCUUUCUCCUCUUUACUCCCUGGAUGUUCUUGCGGAUGCUUCUCACCGACGAUGCUCACCUGCGCACUGCUCUGCCAGACAGGCAAACAUACACUUGGGACCCCCAUGUUCACGUGACAUCAAGAGGAAACGGAAACCUGUGGCCACAGCAUCUCUGUCUAGCCCAAAUGCAGUUCACGUGGAUGCAAUGGAGUCAACUGCACCAGCAUCACAGGCCCAGAAAUCUCCCAACUCCGAGUGGUUGGUCAGGACCUCUGCCCCAGAGAAAGCUGCUGAUUCAGCUUCAGCUACGUUUUUUAAAAUGCCACAAGAAAAGAACCCUGGAUGCAGCUAGAGAGCAGUAUUUCACCCCAGGAGCCAACGAGGUGUUGCGAAACCAUUAGACUUUGUAUCAUGUAGGCUUGCAUAUCUUAAUUGACAUCCCAGCCCAUUCCCCAUCAGGACUGGGUCCUUCCUCUUUGAACAAAGCAGUGGACUCUUUCUCUUAGAAAAUCAUGUUGUGGAAAUCCGGUGUUUUUUUAAAAAGUAAAGUAUUGGGGCAGCAAUUUUUUUUUUAAAAAGGGUCAUUUUAUGCAAUAUUUGUUACAUUGCUAUUACUGUCUCAACAGUUACCUACAGCUCCAUUUACAGAGCUGUUGCUUUUUUGCAGGUGUGUCUUUUCUUGAAAAACUAGUAACUGCUUUUGCAUACUCUCUGUGUAGAGCUUUAAUAUCAUUUGAGGAAGUCCCAAAUGAUAUUAAUGAGUCAAGACUUGUGUGUGGAAUUGUGUUUGCAGGAGGUAAGGCUUGCCUCUGAGCCUGGCCUCGAUUCCCUCAGAGUGCCAAUCUGAUAAAUCCACCAAGGUCUCAGUUUGGAGACUCAGAAGACAACACCAGCAGCAUGGGACUUGGGAACUUCUUCUAGUCUUCUUGAUGGCCUAGUGGGACCGCGAGCAGCUGCACCUAUAUACAUAUACACACAGAUUAGUGUCAUGAAGAUGUUUUAGCUGUACAGCAAACUGAAAUAGUCAGUGGAUUGUGUCUUAAUACUUCAUGUUGCAGUGUAAGCCUUUAUGUACUAAAUGGGACUUUUAUUGUUAGUUUAUAGGUCAAUAACCUGCAGCAGAAAUUCAUACUCUAUUAUAAUAAUGGCUUCUUGGGGCCAUACUUUGGGAAGGAAAAAUGUCUUUUGACAUGCUUUUUUUCUUUGGCCUGAUCAUCACGGCUCAGCUGCAUGUAGAGUUAUGUAUAUAGCGAUGCCUGAAGUUGGAUGCUACUUUGUCAAAAUGAGGAAUAAGUGACUGCCUACAGCUGCUGGAGAGAAGCCACGCUUUCUAAAAAGGUAUUAGCAAAUGUGUCUGUCGUUCAGGGGCCUGGUUGACAGAAGGGCUCUCUUGUGGUACAAAUAGAGUGCAUUUACUCUGAAAUGUACCGAAACUGCUCUCUGAGUGCCCACUGCUCUGGUUAUGUUCUAGAGGAGCUCCCACUCUGCCUGGGUAGUUUCUGUGCUUAAAUAGGUUGUUGAGUGGGACAGAGCCUCCUUUCCCUGAAGCGCAAAUGUCCCUCUUUCUCACACAGAAUGUAAUGGUAGGCUGCUCUGUUGUGUUCCCUUUUAAAAUCAAUGGUAGCUCCAGAAUUUCCUUGUCUGUGGUAGGUGUACAUGGUUGGAGAGGGAGACUUAAGCUGGGUUUGCGUAGCACUCUCCAUAAGCCUGAAGACAGGCUCUCCUGUCAUAGUGAGUGGACUUCCCUUCCCUGCAGGCUGCACCCACAGCAAUGUAGAAGAUGCAGUGUCUGCUGAAUACAAAAUGGCACUACUGAAUUGUUUAGUGAUGAGGGUAGGUUUUAUGGUCAUGUGCAUUCUUAACUAGUCCCCACAGUGUCCCGAGACAUACAUUUCGAACAUAAUUUGUUGGAUUUAAGGGAGAAAUUCAUGGACAUAAUUUUAUUGUCUUUGUACUAAGCUCUGUGGCUCAUACAGAGAUUGGUCCUGUGAUCAUGGCCUGUUAAGACCUCCACAUUUCAGGUCGAAUCUUUUUUAUGGCACGUUGCCUGGCAAUUCUCCUUUUUACCUGUGAUUAAAAAUAAUUUAUAUGUACAAUUUUAUGUUUUAAACAUCUCUGUGACAUAAAGGUAAGUGGCUGCUGCCAUUUUACAGAGACAAGAGCAGUCACAGUUUAGUGACUUGCCCAGAAUCGCUUAAUCAAGCCGGGAUUAAAAUCCCAGACUUUCAUACUUUCUCUGCCCUGGGUUGUAACCUUGAUUUUCAUUGGUCGACCUGUGUCACUCUGAGAGCCUUGGUUUUGAAACAGUGUGCCAUGAAUAUGUUACAUCCUUCUUGGGCAUGCUUUUUACAUAGUUUGAAUCCUUUCAACAGGGAUCACCCACAAAUGCCAUAUCUACCUAUACUAAGUAGGGGAGACAAAUAGUUACCUAAGAAAAUAGCAAUUAAGUACACAAGUGCUUCGCAACACAGGUUUGUAAAUUGUGUUCCUGUUUUAAGCUGCUGCAUGAGCUUGCUUACAGAAUUAUUAACCAAUUCAUUCUGGUUGUUUUUGUAUGAAUCAAUUCCAGAAGAAUAACCUUAGAAUCGAGUGUAUCUUGAAUUUUAAAAUUUAAAUCUCCUUUUUAUAUGGCAAAGUGUAUAAUGUGAUAAAUUAAGAAAGUCUGUUACCUUUCAACAAAAGAUAUUUCAAAAUCAGGUUUUGUAAUCUGUUGAAAAAACUGAUAGUAUGACUUCCUUUGAGGAUAAUCCUUGAGCUCACACUUAUUUGAUCUGCUCACAAGUAACAACUGCAGCUGAGUUCCACAGUUUUUACUUCUUUCAGGGUUCUGGUUUAUCCCAGCUGGCUGCACAGUCUGCCUGUCUGAACCCUAAUCUUGUGUAUUUUCCACAAUAGGCAAAAGUCAAGAUGUUAUCUAUUACUGCCAUUCGUAAAAGUUAGUUUUGCUUAUGAGUUUAAGGGAAUUUGAGAUUAUUUUUCAGCUGCAGUAUUUUAAAGGGAGCAACUUCAUUUGCAUCAAAAGUCUUGUGUUGCUUUUUGGUUAAGAACUGGUCAGAGGAGGAAAUUAGUAGCUGUUUACAUGGUGCCAAAUUUGGGAGGGACAGAAUAUGAUCUUAAUAUAUUGAGUGGUGCAUGCUUUUAACCUUGAAAUCUUUAGAAAUUGAAUGCAGUUGAAAAUUUCAGAUGAUACUGUUUUGCUGGGCUAUGAAACAGGCUACAAAACAAGGCCAUUUUGGCAGCAAAAUGACUAAAAGCUGAAAUAGAUCUAAUUUGUGAUGCUGACAGCAUUCUUUGCUAAGUAAAACUCCCCACCUAGAAUAGGUAAUUAAACUAUUUUUGAAUGCCAAAUUGAUUAAUCUGAUACAUCUUUGCACCUUGGAAUCAGAACACAAUCUAGUCCACAGCAUUGGAAGUUCCGAUGCUGCAAAGCAAAGGAGCAGAGUUAUCACAGAAGUCACUUAGAGUUGGACAGGUGACAGAGUGUCACGAGAAAGGAGCUAGGCUGGCUUGUCAUUGCUGAUGUGAUGGGUUCUCCACUUGGGCUCCCGGCGAAGGCUCCAGAUCUUUGCUUUAUUUUGGCUUCAUUACCACGCUCUGUGUUACCUGGGGAGGCGCCUAUGUAAAAUCCUCAGCAUUAGAAGCCAUAUUCGGUGCUCUGUAUGUCUGGUGAACCUUAUCUGAGCUGGGAUGAGAACAGAGUGGCUUUCUCUUGCAGCUGUGGAUGCCGUCUCGUUAGGGGUGUAGCUUCCAGGAUGUGUCAUGGUUCAUGGGAUGGUGGGCAGGAUGGUAGAAACAGUUUGCGCUUGCUGUCAGCUGCUUCCUUUGUUAAUGCUUGAGCUGUCCGUUUUACUUGUCAGUAUUUCCUUAUUGCCCACUCCAGUCAUGACAGUUGUUGGAGUUACUGAUGGUGGCAGCAAUCAGGAGGGAUUCCUGCCCCAUCAGAAAACUGGUAUAGAGGGGAAAGGUGAGGAAAUUGGCAGGUUCUGCUAUUAGCGCUAAACACAAAGUGGCCGGGAGAUGCUUUCACCUACAUGAAGUUCACAGAAGAGAUGGACGUCAAAUGCCUGGAAACGGCAACAUCGGAAAGAAACAAGGAAAAUGAGUGAUGUUGCUGAAGUGUGUGGAUUUUAAGGUUUUUAACAAGCCCAGAAAACAAACUUGCGACCAAAAGAAGAAAUUUUCCUGCCACUGCAAAUAGAUAUAGCACUUGGUAAAAUUGCCAAAAUUAGGGAAUAAAAAAGUUUCAAGCACAGUAUUGAACACUGGGGGUCCUGAAGGUGUUCACCAAGGAAAGCAAUCUUGGUGAGGUCCAGAAGUGAGAAGAAGGCGAGAGGAAGAGAAGGGGAAAUGCUUACAGGGGGUCCCUGGACCAGCAUCAGCACAUUCUUGCCGCCCCAGACCUACUGAAUCAGAAACAGGGUGGGGCGCAGCCGGCUCCUACUAGCGCUCCAGAGGACUCGGGGGCACGCUGACGUUUGAAAACCACAGGCUUUGCCACAGUUAAAAAGAACUGUUUUAAUAUACUGGUAGCCCCCUGAGCUCUGAGGUGCUCUUAUAUUUCCCUCCAUGUUGUAUAGAGAUGUUUUGUGUAUGAUUCUUUGCAGAAACUGUUAAUGUCUUUAUUUCCCGUACUUUUCCCCUCAAGCUCCUGAAAGAUCUCCUGGAAAUACCGAGAAGGGAUGAUGUGGAGCAGAGUGCCGUCGAGGCUGUAUUUAGAUGGAUGGAAACAACCUUUUAAAAGUGGAUUAAAAUAUAAUCACGAAUUUUUAGUUUGUGAGUGAUAGUCAUUUUUCAAAUGGGCCGUAAAACAUUUGUGUAAGAUACUGCCAUCCAUGAUUUUGUGACAUUUGUUCAUUACAUUGUAAUUUCAUGGGUAAGUGUCAUGUAUUUUCUGGCGUCAUAAUGGUGAAUGAAGCCCUUAAAGUAUGGCUCACAAAAAUGAAAAAAAUAAUUGGAAGAAAAACCACCCUGCGUACAUAGUGUUUGUAAUAAAUACCUGUCGAGUUAUUGGUAAUCUUGCUAGGACUUAAUCUUAGUACUUCAGAGCAUGUAAAAAUCAAUUUUCAGUUAUCCCACUUAAUCAUACACUGUUGUCUUUGUUUUACAUUUCAGGUAGUGUUUCUGCAGGGCUUGGGGACCAAUAGCAACAGCACAUACAUUUUUUUGUUGUCUGACUCGUGGAUCCAACGUGGUACUCCAAAGUUUUGAAGUGAAAUCAUGACCACUUUUUUCUUUAGAUUUUAAUCUGUAUGAAUUGUGGCAGGGCCCUACCUUAGUACCAACGCCUGCGACCUCAAGUUCUCUCUCUCUGGCGAUAUGUGUGGCUAAGGAGGAGUUGAGUAUCAUUUCCUCAGGUGCUCAUGUGGUUUUCUGACUGGGUCUUAAUUUAUAAAGGUGACUGAGUGACAACAUGGAGAGGUCACUGUCAUUGUAAGGAAACUUGAAUGUUACUUAUAGUUCCCCUAGAAACAAGAUACAUGGCCCAUUAAUUACUAGGGCCACAGGACAAACACCAGCUUUGGGUCAGGAUGCAGAAGACAGGAGCAAGAGGUAGGUUUAGGCCAGAGCCUUUAUCAGGGUUUCCUGAAAGGCAAAGCAGGGAGGGUAAACAGCUUAGGAAUGGCUAGUUGGGCUGGUUUGAAUACUCCCAGGGCCUUUGGACUAGAGCGUGGUCUCUAGUUACCUGGUACCUGGCUGUGGGAUGAUUGCUUCCCGGGUUGUACAGGCCGGAUGGAGGAGGUAGGGCUCCAUCAUACCUGCUCAUUUUGCAGAUCAGAAGCUGAGUCCAAUAUUCUUAAGAAUCGGCUAGCCCUCGGAGGGGUAGUCUCUCCCCAGCUGGAAAGGUUUCUUAAGAUAUCAAAACAUCAUAAUAUAUAGAAAAUAAAAAACAUGGUUAAUACACAUGUGUAGGCUGCUUAGCUCUCACUUCAAUUUUUGCAGUCUUUUAAAGCACCAUAUAAUUUUUCUUUUCCAUCUUGGAAACCAGUUAAAAGUACCUCUGGCCAAAAACAUUAGUGUUAUUAGAUAUUAUCCAGGCGUGGGAAUAGAAAAAGAUUUUUAAGAUCUAAAUUAUGAAAAUUAAUGUUUUCUUUCUCUAGAAGUGAGUUCUGACCCUUGUUUCUAAUUGAAAAAGGAAAAACAAUGUCAGAGAACUUAGAAAUGGCCUUAGUGGAUUUCACUUAAACCAACCCAUUUCGCUAUUAUAGAUUCUGUAUCUCUUUCCUUCCAGUUGGCCAUGUAUUGCUCCAUGAAGAAUCUGCUGAUUUCUCCCACCCCAGAAUCAUGGUGACAUUUUGAAUCGCUCUCAAUAUUUAUUACAACUUCCCACCUGUUGUCAGCGAUUGCAAACUGUGGCCAUUUAAAAUUCUUCUACCCUUCUUCUCAACCUCAGCAGCUAAUCUCCCCCCCGCCUUAACAGAUAACAGAGUAUUAGACAGGGGCCCCCACUUACACACCUUCACGUACACUCUUCCUCACCUUUUUUUCUCCUUGCAAGGGCCUUCCCUGCCCAAGACGAAUCCCUUGUAUGUCCUAGCCUCUCCCCUGAUCAUAUAGACGCCUCACUCAAUCCAGCUACAACUUUGCACUCCUCACACGUACAGCUUUGCAUUUAAACAUGUUCAAAGACUCCGUCUUCUAACAAUCCCGUUCCUCAACCCUUUGAACCGCUUGACUACCGCUAAGGUGCUGCCCUCACCUGUUCUUUCUGCCCCUUAGUUCGCAAAUCACGCAAGUGGUUUAUAACCCUGUGGUUUAUAACCCUGGCUGCACGCUUACGACCACCUGGGGAGGUAUUUGAAAAUCCUAAUGCCCCCAGUCAAAUCAGACCAGUUACAUGGGGAUAGGGGGGAGGGGCAGGCUCCAAUCCUUACAGAAAUGUACAGCUGGGGCCGAGAACCUGGCCACUACCCUCGGCACUGUUAAAAUGGUGCUUGCUGGGUCCACCAGUGACUUCUAGUUGCCAAAAUUUAGUCUAGGUUGAUCUUCAUGAUUUGAUGCUGUAUAGCCAUAUCCCUUUUGGAAUUCUUUCUAUUCUGACCCUGUUCUCCCCUGGUUUUUCUCCCACUUUGCCCUUUCUCAGUGUCCGCAGGUGGGCAGUUUGGUCAGUAGUUCAGUCCAGCGCAGACUGAAUGUCUGUCUGCCCUCACCUCCAGUACUUCAGUUCACGUCCAUGUGCUAAGGAGUCCCUUUGUCAUACCACCUAAUGCACUGACUUGAAGGACAGACUCAGUGAAGCAUUUACAUUUAUUACUAAUGACUGCAAACUUCUAGGAAAGCAUUCUCAAGAUCUCUGCUCCUUCCCUCACGUCUAUUUGUUCUUCCUCCAAACCCAUGGAGGUAGGAAGAAUUGCAAAUCACACUAGUCAGAUUCUAAGAUGGAUCCACCCGUUUACUAACUCAUGGAAUUGUUCAUGAAAAGUCAGGCUUGAACUGGGGUCCCUCUUCUGCUUUCUCCUUUCCAGGGUCUUGGACUGGUAAGGAGGCCUGGGCCCACUUCUGCACGCAAGGAGGCUACCCUCACCUAGUGCUACCUUCAGUUUUUUACUGUCGGCUGCUGGUAAGAUUUUAGUUUGGGUUUAGGGGGUGAGUCAGACCCAGUUCCUCACCACUUUUUGGCCUUGGGGACCAUGUUGGAUCUUACUUUAUCAGAGAACUUGUUAUUGGGGUUUCGAGCACUAGCCCGAAGAAUGAAACGUAGAACUUGAUUUCCUACUUCACCACCGUCACUGCAUGCUGCUUCUGCUACUGUGUAGAGGUUCCACCCUCACCAGAAGGGACUGUUCCUGGCUUCUUUGAAUCACUGGUUUCUAAUUCAAAAUCUGGGAUAGGUGGAUCUAAAUAGUGGUCAUGUGCCUCGUCCUAGCUGUGGGAAGUGAGAUUGAGGUCGUCUGGAGUAUUGAGCUUCUAUUGGGAUGGAUGAAUUCCUUAAAUGUAGGAGGGCAGUUCAGAUGCUGGGCAGCUGACACAGGUCCACGAAAGCCACAGCCCUGUUCACUGAUUCAAAAAACGUUUUUAAGUGUUCAGAGACCUCUUGAGGAAGCGGGUGGCUGCCCCAAGCAGGGUAUUCUUAGGUUCCUUAGAUAUACUCUGCAAACUCUUGAAACCAGUAGAACCCGUUCCAGAGAUAAUAAUAAUAAUAAUAAUAACUAUUUACUGAUGGAUUAUAUGCCAUUUGUCAGUAGCAUCUAACUUAAUCCUCAACAACUCUAAGGUAGGUACUUUUAUCUGUUUUAAAGCAAUGAAAUAUGCUUACAGUUACAGCUUAACUUGGUCCAAGUCACAUAGCUAAUCACUGUCGGCCAGGAUUCAAACUCCGAGGCUGUUUGAUGCUAACGUUUCCGUUAUCAGCCAAUACCCUAUGUUGCCCCUUUUCACAGUAGAAAUGAACUGUUGAUGGCCAUGUAUAUCUGAAAUAAACUGCGCCCUGGGCCCAGGGCUGGUGUCUGGUGGCACCAUUUUACUCCAUUUGCCUGUUGCUCCUGGUGGGCUGUUCUCUAUUAAAGCAACUGUGAAUGGGCUCAUCUCGGUGCCUAAAGCACUGAAAGGAGAUAGGCAACCUCUAUGGCAUUCUCUUAAAACAACCUAUUCUUGUUUUUGAACAUGUCUAAAGCAAAAGUCAAACAAAUCUUCCAAACCUAUGGCAACGGAAAGGUAUUGUCCUUUGUGUGCCAAAGCAAAACUGAUCCAUGAGCCAAGAGGACGUGUAUUUUGAGUUGUAAGGGUAGUGAUGGGCUGUCCCGAACAUCCCAUUUUCAGACUGUUGCUAAACAGCUCAUAGAACCGCUAGCAAAAUAGCCGACUUACCAGUGUUGGCCUUUGUAAAUGUCCCUUCUUUCUGUAGAUGUGUGUAACACAUUUUCAGACAAGCACUCCGCUGACUGCUGAGUAUACCAAGAGGAAGUCAUGAAGUUCAUGGUCUGCUGAGGAAGAGACAAGGAAAGCAAAUAUUACAAUGUAGAGUGAUAGGUGUCGAGGUAAGAAUAUCAUGGUAUUUUGGCAAGAAGGAAGGCACUCAGACUGCGCAGAGGGAAGGUUAAAAAAAUACUGAGCCAGGUCUGGAAGGAUGCGCAGGAGUUAAGAGAGGAUGAGGUUAUUCAGCAUAAAGAGCGCGGUUUGUUCAGGGCAGCGCAGGUGUUUUGGUGAGGCUGGCAUCUGAAGGAUGCAAAGGAGCAGGGAGAGGCAGGCAGGAGACAGGAAGUGAGGGACCCUGUGUUCACGGGCUUGCUUGUGGAUUUGGAGUGCUCCUACCAUUCCUCUGUGGUAUAGCCAUGGAAACCCUACUGCAGGAGGCCCAUUGUGCAGACAGAGCUGGAACUCAGAUGGGAACAGGUUUGUAUCUCCUUCAUUCCCGCCCUGAGGUGUAUGUUACCAGGUCCACCUAUUUGUAGGAGCUACUGACAUGCUUGAGAGUAGAUUAAGCUGAAUUGGAAAUACCAGUUUAUACCAUGGCUGACGGAUUCCCUCGUGUCUUCUAUCAUGAUGCCAGUCUGAAGUUACUUCCCCUGAACCGCCUUAUCUUGGUAGAAUUGAAUGUACUGUGUGGUGGCCCGAAUGUCCAGUACUGUUCCUUGGAACAGAGUUGUUCUUGUCAGUGACCAGUUACGCAUGUCGGGCUUUGUUUCUCAGUAGUGACAGUAAAUGUGUGUUGAUCCAGUCACACAUUUUAGAUUGGGGACUUCUGCAAUCUUUGCUAUUUCAAGGUUACAGAAAGUGUCCAUAGGACAAUACAGCUGGCCCACACUAAGCUCUGAUCCCAUGAUUUUGGUCUCAUGAAUACCAUGGUCUAAGUUAAGUUAGCUAAGCUCUUUGAAACUGUGUAAAACUGAACCAAAUGAGUGUUUGGGGCCAAAGUGGUGACUUACGACUCUUUCUCUAGUGCUGCACUGUAGUACGACGCAGAGCCUCCUCUCCAUGUUCUUGAGAGCUCUUGAUUCAAAACAUGGUUUUUUACAAAAGUCUUUUACUUUGAAAUAAUUUUAGGAAAGUUGCAAAAAUUGUACAGAGCUUUUUCCGCUUCUGAUGUUAACGUAUGAGCCACGGCACAAUUAUUGAAACCAGGAAAUUAACAUUGACACAGUUCUAAGUAACUAAACUAUAUACUUUAUUUGAAUUUCACUAGUUUCCCCAGAAAUGUCGUUUUUCCAGAUAAGGAUUCAAUCCAGGAUCCAUAUGUACUUGGGACUGUUUCUGAACUUUCUAUUCUAUUCCACGGGUCUAUUUGUUUGCUUGUGCACAGUACCACACUGUUUUAAUUGUAGAAACUUUACAGUGUGUUUUAAUGUCUGGUAGAGGUAGUCCCCUCUCCUAAUUUUUUUUUUCAGUGUUUUCCUGGCUAUUCAUCUAUGUUUCUUUUUCUACGUAGACUUUAGUAUCAAGUUGUCUAACUCCAUAAAAAGGUGUAGUGAUAUUUUUAUUGAGACUGUUUUCAUUUAUUAACUAAUUUAGGGAGAACUGACAUCUUUACAAUGUUGCGUCAUCCUAUCCAAUAAAAGGGAAUAUAUUUCCAUGUGUUCAAGUCU